GGUCAGAGGCGGGGACGGGUGGGUGUCUGGCGGCGGCUGCGCAGCCGCGGUUGGUCCUGCACGGGGCGCGGGCCGGCUGCGUCGGCCAGUCUGCCCUCAGAGCCGCCGCCGACCGGUGACAAUGGCCGCCGCCGCCGGCCGCUGCGUGUGCCGCCUGCCGCUGGUGACGCGCGCCGUCCGCCGGCCGCCGGUGACCUCACGGGGCGUCAUCCGGCCUCUGGGAGCGGCCGCCGCCGUCACCGACCGUCAUCGGCCGCCGGUGGGACCGUCUCCCCUCAGCGGCGGCGGGCCGGGGAGACGGUACAGCGUCCAGGCGGCAGGUCAGCCGGCGCCGCUCCACCAGGUGGUGAAGGCGGUCAACAACCGCACCUCCGGCUGCGUCGACCUGGUCUGGAACUUUGGCUCGGUGACGCCGUUCCCGUACGUGUGGCUGCGCGACAGCUGCCUCUGCCCCGACUGCUUCCACCCGACCACACUGAGCCGCAGUCUGCGCAUCGACCAGCUGCAGGUCGACAUCGAGCCGCAGAGCGUCCAGAAUGACGGUGCCGCCCAGCAGUUGGUGGUCACCUGGCCAGAUGGUCACGUGUCCCGCUACCCCCACCAGUGGCUCCGCGAGAGGUCCUUCGCCAAACGGGACGUGAAUGCGCGCAGAAAGCAGCUGGACGGGCCCAAGACGGUGCUGUGGGACCGUGCCACCAUGGACAGACAUCUGCUGCGCGUGGACUACGACCGUCUGGUGGGCGGCGACCUGGCCACCCUCCAUGACGCCCUGCACCACCUCAUCGUCUACGGGCUGGUGCUGGUGCGGAAGGCGCCCACCGACUUCGGAGCCGUGGAGGAAAUAGGCGAGACGCUGGGCCACGUCCGGCCCACACACUACGGGAAGACGUUUCGAGUAGCAUCCAAGGUGGACGCGAACAACCUUGCGUACACGGCCAACGAGCUGGCGCCCCACAUGGAUCUCACCUACUACGAGUACAUGCCAGGGGUGCAGAUGCUGCACUGCAUCUCUCAGCACAUCGGUGACGGCGGCGAGAGCAUCUUCUCGGACAGUUUCCACGUGGCGGAGGUGAUCCGCGCGCGCCGGCCGGACCUGUUCCACCUGCUGGCCACCGUGCCGUUCGAGUUCGCCGACAUCGGAGAGGAGGCCGAGUCGCGCAGCCGCUGCCGCUUCCACAAGAUCCACGAGCGCACCAUGUUCUGCAUGGACGAGGACGGCAAUAUCACCCAGGUGGCGACCAACAACCCGGUCCGUUCGUACCGCCUGAACGUGCCUCUGGAGCUGGUGAAGCCCAUGUACGAGGGCCUGCGCAUGUUCAACGACCUCUGCAGGCACCCCGACAACCAGCUGACAUUCAAAAUGGACAACGGAGACGUAGCUGUGUUCAACAACCGUCGCGUGACUCACGGCCGGCUCGGCUUCACGGUCACCGAGGACUCGCAGCGCACUCUGGAGGGAGGUUACGUGGACUGGGACGACAUCAUGUGCCGCUACCGUAUUGUCACCGACCUACUCCGUGAGCGGCCGUGAUCAGCGAUCGUGAGCCGGACCGUGAUCGACUCCGUGAGUAACCGUGAUCGACUCCGUGAGCGGCCGUGAGCCGCUCUGUAACAACUCCGUGAGCCAGCCAGUGAGCUUCUGUGAGCAGUCGUGACGACCCCGUGAGCUACAGUGAUCGACUCCGUGAGUGACUAUGAGUCAGACUGUGAAAAAUUGUGAGCCGCACCGUGAGCGACUCCGUGAGCGACCGUGACGGUGGUGUUGAUCGUGAUGAGCGGCGCUGGACACUAAGCUAGUGUCUUUCAUUGAGUGGGUGGCCGGAUUAUAAACAGAAGGCAUGACAACCACUGGCUAUAGCAAUGAAUACGCGAUAUCAAUACAAGUGGCUAUCGAAG